AUGCAAUACUGUCCUUCAGGAACCUAUCAGCCAGUACCAGGGAGCUACUCGAUCAGAGCUUGUUUGAACUGUAGUAUUGGCACCUACAAUCCAUCUGUCGGACAAACCAGCUGCUAUAGUUGCCCUGUGGGCUCUUAUUGCGAUGUAAUUGGAUCAAGUAACUUUUUAUCAUGUCCUUCUGGAACCUAUCAAUCAUCCAUGGAUAGUAUUUCGGCUCAAGCUUGUUUGAAUUGUCGUGUUGGCAACUAUAGUCCAUCCAUUGGACAGGCUAGCUGUUUGAAUUGCCCUUUGGGCUAUUACUGUGAUUCAGUUGGAGCAAGUAGCGCACGCAUUUGUCCUUCCGGGACCUAUCAACCAAUUCCAGAUAGUAUCUCGGUUGAAGCUUGCUUGAGUUGUACGAGCACUACGAACAAUAUAUAUCCUGGGCAAAUUACUUGCUAA